AUGAGGAAUACGACUAUAAAGAAAGAUACGGGAUACAUAAUAGAUAGACCUUAUGUUGACGGUUUGACGGGAUGGGCUUUUCAGUUCGUAGUAUGGAUUGUGUGCGGGAGUGCAUUUUCCAGUGAUGAAGAACAUGAUGCAUACUUUAAGUCUUUGGGAUUCAAUUCCUAUUUUGAUGAUCAAGAUUCGGGCGUAGCAUCGUUGGCUUCAAAUCAAUAUCCACAGUUAUUCGAUACAGUUGUCAGUAGUUCAAAUAACUUUGGUUCUAAUCCCAUUGCGAGUCAAAGCUUUUUUCCAUAUGGCAGGCCGGCUAAGCUAGUAGCACACCAGCCACCGCAGCAAGCGAACCUUGAUAUUGCACCUAAUACGCAGCAACGUAGUCCUUUGAGAUAUGAUAUAAGAACCAUACAUGACCCCAAUUACAAAGUUUACAAGGCAGAAGAAAAUGAAGAGAAAGAUAAUUUAGCACCAUUGAAAAAAAAUCCUACAGAUGCUGUUUACUUUCAACCUUAUAUUAAUGUUGAAGUAAAGCAUCCUUUAGAUUAUCGCAAAGAAGAUUUAACUGAAAACAUCGAAGGUGAACAAAAUUACAGGCAAAAUCCUUAUAUUGCAGGGUCGGCUCGUUUUCGGCGUUAUACUGGGGGAAGAAGCAGGGAAAACUUGAAAAAAGCUGAAGACGAUGAAGAGGAUGAUCCUUACAAUUAUAAAGCAGAAUACAUAUCCAGACCAAAAGCUUUCGAUGAAGGCCCCUAUAGCAGUCCAUAUAAAAAGAAAAAAGGUUCUAAAGAUGAAUACGAAUAUCCGUACAGCUAUGAUUCAGGAUACGAUCACAAAGAGUAUGAAAGGAUAAAGGAAUUAUCGGAGAAACAAGCUGCUGAAAUUAAGCAAAAUCCAGGAAAUUGUCAUGAAGUGAAAAAGGAUGGUAUGUCGUGUAUGACAUGUAAAGAUCCUAAAACUGGAGGAAACUAUGAAUCCUGUUCCUAUGUUGCAGAACCAAAGAAUAAUAAAUAUGCAUAUUCGAAAGAAAGAAAAUAUGAUAGUAACGACGACGCCGAUGAGCCCGAACAAAAGUCUGACUCUCCAAAAAAGUCUGAAAAACACCAUUCAAAGAAGGACGACAAUGCUUCCCAAAAAUUCACUAGUGCUGAAAAUGAUAAACCUUACAGCAGCUAUAAACAGGGAGACGACUCCGGCAGCACCAGUGAUAAAUAUAAGUAUGGCGCUCCCCAGAAAUACUCUGCUGAAGAUCAGAAACCUUACAGCAACUAUAAACAGGCUGAUAACUCCGACAGCCCCAAUGACAAAUACAAGUCCUAUUAUACCCACUCUUCCCAACCUAAAAAAAGCGAAGCUCUUCGCGCAGCGAGUAGUGAAGAGAGUUCCGAAGAAGUCACACCGAAACCAUAUAAUUAUAAAGCGGCCUUACCUGGCUUUUAUACCGACAAUGAACCAAAAAAAGACGUGGAAAACGUAUUGGCCGAAUUUAAAAAGAAAGACAGAUCAGCAUGUAAUAAGGUUGCGAAGAAUGGAAUGACUUGUUAUCAAUGUAUUGAUAAAAAUGGUUUGAAAAAUGAAGAAUGUAUGUUUGUAUCCGAGUCAGCACCCAAACAAAGCCAUUUAGCAUAUCAGGAACACAAAGAAUUUACGUCCAAACCGGCAACACUAAACGGCGCAAAUGAAGGAGCUGAAAGUCAAACUGUAACCACAAAUUCCCCGCCAGCGCAGAAAUCGGCGGCAUUUGCAGCAUCUACAAAUUAUAGCAAAAAGUUGAAGCGCAAAAAGGCGCCACAGACAACCAUAAUUGAGGCUACUGCUAACCCAGUAGCGAAAACUGCGCAAAAAGUUAAGAGAAGCGAAGGGUCUAAAUCUCAGGAGUAUGAGGGUAAUCCUGUCGAUGUCUCAAAUAUAGCACCACCUGAAGAAUUCGCAGGCGUGGACUCAAAAGGCGCCUUUUGGGCAGAAACACUGCCGCGAUACAGCGCAGCUUUGGGUGUUUCACUCCCUGAAUUUAUGCUAUCGAGAUCAGAGCACGAAGCUUCGUUCGACGAAGUAGUUGCGGGAGCGUAGGUUGGGCAACGUCGUUAGUCAACAUCAAGCAUAAAUAGAGCGUGGCAGUUGUACAGAUUUCCAAUGAAGCCUGAACAAAGUGAGACGCUCAUUGCAUAAUCAACUUGAUUUCACAGAUCAAAGAGGCUAUCUAGAUAAGUUAACGUAAGAUAGGUACCUAACUAACAAGUGUUGUAACGAUAGCUGUUUUGUGAAACUUUUCUCGAUAUUUUUAAUAGUUAGGUACUCCAAUGUAUUACCUAUAGUAAGGAAUCGUUGUUUUUGAUAUAAAUGCUCAACUAAAGCAAUUUAUUGUUAACUAGUUUUAAAUAUUUUAAUGAAAUAAAAACUUUU